GUAGGUACGGGGUGAGGACCGGUCCGCGACGGCAACGGGGGUGGCAGGUCCUCAAUCCCACCACUGCGUCCUGGCACGGGAGAUGCUGUAUCUGCGGACGCGAGCGGGUUCCCAGGGCCCAGCCUCCGUUUUAGGCCAAUGGCACCUCUAGGCGUCUUCAUGCUGAAGAUGAGCCCUCCUAGCCUGAAUUGAAACAUAGUGCUUGGGAACAGUAGCUUGGGGGCCGGCAAGGUGGCUUAGCUGGUAGUGGCGCUUGUGGCCAAACCUGACAACAUGAGAGUUCGACCCCUGAGCAUGUUGAAAGAAUCGAUUCUUGUAGGCUGUUCUCUGAUCUACAUUCUCACUUCGUUGCACACUCUGCCAACACACGCAGAACAAAUAAAUGUAAUUUGUAAGGGGCUGGCGAGGUGGCUCCGCGGUUAAGAACUUGACCUGCUCUCUAGCAGAGGACCAGGGUUCAGUUCCCAGAGCUCACAGCUGCCUGUAUCUCCAGAGAAUCCAACCCUCUACCCUUUCCGGUCACCUGAACUCACUUCUGCACACACAUACACAUAACAAAAAUAUUUUUUAUAGUUGUUAGUAAGUAGGAGAAAUUUGAAAUUGUCACUUUUCUUUGUCCCAUGCCUGUUCUUCUCAAUACUUAACACCUGUCAUGACUCCCAAAGGCAGUCUCAGCGGCUGAAUCCUUUAGAAAACUUUUUUUUUUCCCCAAAUGGAGAAACUGGGAUCCAGGUAGCCCCUGGCCCAGAGUCAGGCAGCUAGGAAGCAGCAGAGAGGAGAUUGAUGCCCAAGCUGUGGUCUGCUGUGGCAUUUGAGGUCAGGAAUGACCCUUGGCACAGAAGAGCCCCUGUGCAUCCACCUGAGCAGACUGGGUGUAAUCUGGCUGUGAUACUACCUGUGGUGAUUAGCCAUUUAAGACUUCAGAAGCUGAGGCUGGAAGAUCUGGAGUACUAGGCCAGCCGGGAUUACACAGAAAGGCAUGUCUCCAAAACAAACAUGUUCAACAUUGUAAAGCAGACCCCAAGCACAUAGCACUUCAAGCUGGGUGUCCACACUACCAGCCCAUACACUUUUUCAUUAUAGCAAACCCCAGAGUCACUCCCGCUCCCAUUUCCCUCUGUUUUUAAUUUUUGUUUGUUUUGAUUUUGCUUUUUGAGACAGGGUCUUCCUGUCUGGUUCUGGCUAGCUUGGAACUUGGCUUUGUGGACCAUACUGGUCUCGAACUCAGUGUGUACCCUCCUGGUUCCACACACACACACACACCCCGAAUGCUGGGAUUAAAGGCAUACACCAUCACUCCCUGGUCUGUAUUCUCUUCUGACAGGCGAUGAGCAGGCACUCCACAACAGUCAGACCCAGGUCCGCAGCUGGUAAAGAAUGGAGCUUGAAUUUAAACUCAGGUAGCUGUGCCUCGCAAACCUGGCUGGGCAUUGAAGUACUUGGCCACCAAAGGUAUCUGGGUCAGGACGUGUGAUGAUGACUCAGUAGGUGAAGACACUGACACCAAGCCUGGCUAUCUGAGUUCCAUCCCCCAUGUGGGGGAAGGAGAGAGUUAACUCCUCCUCUGACCUGCACACAAUGGCACAGUCACACCUGGACACACACACACACACAAUGUUUUGUUUUAAUUUAGGGGUGGAGAGAUGGCUCAGUAGUUAAGAGCACAUACUGCUUUUCUGGAAUAUCUGAGUUCAGUUCCCAGUCCCCAUGUCAGGUGACUCAACGGCUGCCUGUAAUUCCAGCUCCAGGGAGUCUAAUGUCCUCUCCUAGACUCUCUGGGCACAAGCACACACUAUUUAAAAAUAAAUUUCUCUUUUAAAAACCUUACCCCUGGAGGUGGUGAUGCACACCUUUAAUCCCAGUGCUUAGGAGGCAGAAGCAGGUGGAUCACAGAGCGAGUUCCAGGGCUAAGGCUACACAGAAAAACCUUGUCUCAAAAAAAAAAAAAAAAACAGAUACAAACAAAAAUAAAAAAUCCUCAAGACAGCUGAGAAGAGUGGAGAAAAUCCUAAAUAAAUGCAGUUUCUGAAUUCUGGCACUUCAGUUUGCAUUUGAAGCUUUGCCCCACACAAACAAAUGCCCUGCCAACAUCAGCCUCUGAUGCUCUGUGAGUCCUCCGGGAUCACUAAAUGAAGAAAGAGAAAAGGAAUAAAGGCCAUGGUUACUCCUAAGUGAAGCAGAAAGUUGAUUGUAGAUAAAAGGGAGAGCAGGGGCAGAGACAUCUGGGGAGCCCAGAGUGCCAACGUGUCCAGAUUGAGCCAGACCAUAUGGGAGAGAGGAGAAGGUGCAGCACCCAGGUGGGCAGACAUACAAAAAGGAGUGGGUAACUCAAAUGUCUGGGUUUUAUAUAUAUAUAGAGAGAGAGCCUUUGUGGGGGAGCAGCCUAGCCUCUGGGCUGCAAAGUUUAGGGUAGGGGAUAAGAUAUGUCAGCCAUACCCCUUAAUGUGUAGGGACAGAGUCUAAGGGGUACUGGAAGGACCAGGUGACCAGGUCUGAUUUGAUAUGUUAACUAGGUGCCUCAGCCAUUUGUCCUGGGUUUGAAAUUUACCACAGCAGUGAGAUGUGGCAUGACUGAAGCUACCACAGUACAGUACAUCUAGGGCAUGGGCUAUAGCUUAGUGCUAGGGCCCCUGCCUAGAAUCCUCCAGUGAGGGCUGGGGAAGUGGGACUCAGUGGGAGAGCACUGUCUUAGCCUUUGGAGGCUCCGAGUCCGUCUCAAUAAUUCAGGAGCAGUCUGUUUGCCUGGUCUCUGCAGACAGCCAGGAACUCAACUUGGCUAGAGGAGAAGGGCUCUCCUUGGACAUUCCUGUACUCUUUGUAGGCUCCGCAUCAGGUUGCAACUCAGAAGUAUUGUGAACUUCAAGAAAUAGGAAGAUCCAAGUGACACAGCCACACCUCUACAGAACAGCCGUGUGCGGCCUCUGAGGCUCCACAGGAGGGCACGUCUCACUGCAUCUUCAUGCGUUGACCAGGCCAAUUUCAUAGUUGCAGCCUUGCUAGUGAGGACCUAUAGGCAGCUCCCAAGAUGGGUGAAAGGAAAGGCCAGAACAAGUACUACCCCCCAGACUUCAACCCCGAAAAGCAUGGCUCUCUCAACCGAUACCACAACAGCCACCCACUUCGAGAACGGGCUCGGAAGCUCUCACAAGGCAUCCUUGUUAUCCGAUUUGAAAUGCCAUACAACAUCUGGUGUGACGGCUGUAAGAACCACAUCGGCAUGGGUGUGCGCUACAAUGCAGAAAAGAAGAAGGUUGGCAACUAUUACACGACUCCAAUCUACAGGUUCAGGAUGAAAUGCCACCUCUGUGUCAACUACAUCGAGAUGCAAACAGACCCUGCCAACUGUGACUAUGUCAUCGUGAGUGGUGCCAGUCGCAAGGAGGAGCGUUGGGACAUGGAAGACAACGAGCAGGUGCUGACCACAGAGCAUGAGAAGAAAGAGAAGCUGGAGACGGAUGCCAUGUUCCGCCUAGAGCAUGGUGAGGCUGACCGCAGCACACUGAAGAAGGCCCUCCCCACACUCAGCCACAUCCAGGAAGCGCAGAAUGCCUGGAAGGAUGACUUCGCUCUGAAUAGCAUGCUACGGAGGCACUUCCGGGAGAAGAAGAAAGCCAUGCAGGAGGAGGAAGAGAAGGACCAGGCACUGCAGGCAAAAGCCAGCCUAGCCAUCCCUCUUGUGCCAGAGUCUGAGGAUGACCGCAGGCUGGCUGCCCUGCUAAGGUUGCACACCCUGGACUCUUAUGAGGACAAGCAGCGAAUGAAGCGGACAGAGAUCAUCCACCGCUCUUGGUUCCCCUCAGCCCAGGGACCCAGUGCUAGCAGCAGCAAAGCUAGCAGCGUCCUGAAGAAGCUGUGCCAGGGCCGCAGACCACCCCCCAGCAGCACAGGCACGGUGGGGGACCUGGGCAUAGUGAGGAGAAAGUCUCGAGACGUUCCAGAAAGUCCUCAGUGUGCAGCAGACAACUCCUUGUCAGAAGAACAAAGAAGGCCACCAGGAACCACCCAGGGUAGCAAGACACUUGAAGAGGCAGCAGAAGCAUCCAGGACCAGCAAGACAUCAGAAUCCAAGAGAAACUGUAGUGAUCAGGCCUUCCCCCUAGGUUCCUCCCAGGAGGACCUGCUGAACCCCAACACCCCCAAUGCCUCCCUGGUGGCUGACUACUCUGACUCAGAGAGCGAGUAAGGGAGUCAGAAUUCCAGGACCAGAAGCCAUGACGCGUCCAGACCUUAGGGACUGGCACAUUGCUGCCAGCCCAGAUACAGACCUACCUUCCUAUACAGAUUAUUAUUUAUUUGGUUUUGGUGAGAAUGCCUGUGCCUUGAUGUAACCCUGAUACCUGAGCAUUAAAGUGCUGUUCUUUGUCCCUGC